UGUGUGUGUGUGUGUGUGUAUGAGUGAGUGUGUAUCUAUGACAGUCAGUCUGCGUGAGUGAGUCAGUCAGAGUCAGUAGGAGGCGCGUUCUCAGCUCAGUCGGUUUGAGUCGCAGUCCUGCAGAAGCGUCUGUGAAUCAUGGCUCACAGUGAAGGCUGAAGAAACAGGCGUCUCACGCACAGCAAUUGUCAUGGCCACGGGCUCCUCCAGAAGCGACUGUAGCAGUAACAACAGAGAACGCUCUCAGCUGCAAGCCGUCGUUUCAUGUGCCAAACUCAAGAGGAAGAAGAACUGGUUUGGAACGGCCAUCUAUGUGGAGGUGACAUCAGAGGGGGAGAGCAAGAAAACCGCCAAAUCCCACAGUUCUUCCAGCCCCAAAUGGGACGAACGUCUGACGCUGAGUAUAACGCCACACUCGCAGCUGGAUUUCAGAGUUUGGAGUCAUCACACGCUGAAGGCCGACGUGCUGCUGGGAAAAGCCUCGCUGGAUCUGAGCGGGACACCGGAGCACGACGGCAAGCUGGAGAAUGUGUGCGAGGUGUUGACUCUGACCGUGGACGGUAAGAACGUGUCCACCGGUGAACUCACAGUCUUCCUGGACGGACUCUCAUUCGACCUGCAGCACAUGCACAAUGGAAACCCAACCACUGCGAGCAAAGUCCAUCAGAAUGGAGAUGCUUUUCAUGAGAACCCAGACGAGAGUUCUGCGAGGACACAGAACAGAUCUGUGAACGGCUCAGAUGGACAGGAGAAUGAAGCUCCGCCCACCUCAUCUGCCAACUGUGAGCUAGGCCCCUCCCUCCUCAACGGAGACAGAGACUCCUCCCCUUCACACCAAACGCCCAGUCCAAAGGCCACGCCCACUCCACAGCCUGCCGACAGUGACGCGAUCAGCACCGCCGUGAACGGCGAGGCUUGUGAGAUGUCAUCAGCGGGUGAAAACGAGGACGCCGCUGCUGCUGAUGUUUCCUGCAGUACUUCCUCUCCUGCUGCUGCCUCAUCAUCAUCAUCACCACCACCACCACCACCACCCUCCUCUUCCUCAUCUGCAGCGGCCACCACACAGACCACUGCUGCCUCCAGCUCCAACCCUAACCCAGCCCUAACCAGCUCCAGCCCGUCUGAUGGAGGAAAACCACAACAGCAGCCGCCUCCAGCCGGGCCAGAACCACUGCCACCCGGGUGGGAGCAGAGGAAGGAUCCUCAUGGCAGAACGUACUACGUCGAUCACAACACAAGAACAACAACCUGGGAGCGACCUCAGCCCUUACCGAUGGGCUGGGAGCGGAGGGUGGAUAACCGCGGCAGGAUUUAUUACGUGGAUCAUAACACACGCACCACCACGUGGCAGCGGCCGACGAUGGAGUCUGUGAGGAACUUCGAGCAGUGGCAGUCGCAGCGCAGUCAGCUGCAGGGGGCCAUGCACCAGUUCAACCAGAGAUACCUCUACUCGGCCUCCAUGAUGUCUGCUGAGAACGAUCCUCUGGGGCCGCUGCCGCCGGGCUGGGAGCGCCGUGUCGACACCAACGAUCGCGUCUACUUCGUCAAUCACAACACAAAGACGACGCAGUGGGAAGAUCCGCGAACACAAGGGCUGCAGAACGAGGACCCGCUCCCUGAGGGCUGGGAGAUUCGUUACACUCGUGAGGGAGUGCGCUACUUUGUGGAUCAUAACACACGCACCACGACCUUCAGUGACCCGCGGACGGGCAAAUCUGCUGUCACUAAAGGUCCACAGAUCGCGUACGAGCGAAGCUUCCGGUGGAAACUGGCGCAUUUCCGUUAUUUGUGUCAGUCCAACGCUCUGGCCAGCCACGUGAAGAUCACCGUGUCCCGACAGACGCUGUUUGAAGACUCGUUCCAGCAGAUCAUGAACUUUAAACCGUAUGACCUGAGGAGACGUCUGUACAUCAUCUUCAGAGGAGAGGAGGGACUGGACUACGGAGGCCUUGCUCGGGAAUGGUUCUUCCUCCUGUCUCACGAGGUGCUGAACCCCAUGUACUGUCUGUUUGAAUACGCUGGCAAAAGCAACUACUGUCUGCAGAUUAACCCAGCAUCCACCAUCAACCCCGAUCACCUGUCCUACUUCUGCUUCAUCGGACGCUUCAUCGCCAUGGCUCUCUUCCACGGGAAGUUCAUCGACACCGGCUUCUCGUUGCCCUUCUACAAGCGCAUGCUCAAUAAGAAACUGAUCUUGAAGGAUCUAGAGUCAAUAGAUCCUGAGUUCUAUAACUCUCUCAUCUGGAUCAGAGACAACAACAUCGAGGAGUGCAGCCUAGAGAUGUACUUCUCAGUGGACAUGGAGAUCCUGGGCAAAAUCACGUCUCACGACCUGAAAGAAGACGGAGCUAAUGUCCUGGUGACGGAGGAGAAUAAAGAGGAGUAUAUUGGGCUGAUGGCCGAGUGGAGGUUUUCUCGUGGCGUCGAGAGUCAGACCAAAGCGUUUCUGGACGGCUUUAACGAGGUGGUGCCGCUGCAGUGGCUGCAGUACUUUGAUGAGAAGGAGCUGGAGGUGAUGUUGUGUGGCAUGCAGGAGGUGGAUCUGCAGGACUGGCAGAGGAACACAGUCUAUCGUCACUACACACGCAACAGCAAACAGAUCAUCUGGUUCUGGCAGUUGGUGAAGGAGGUGGAUAACGAGGUGCGUCUGCGUCUGAUGCAGUUCGUGACGGGCACCUGCAGGCUUCCGCUCGGGGGCUUCGCUGAGCUCAUGGGAAGCAACGGACCGCAGAAGUUCUGCAUUGAGAAGGUGGGCAAAGAGACCUGGCUGCCCCGGAGUCACACCUGCUUUAACCGGCUGGAUUUGCCGCCCUACAAAAGCUUCGAACAGCUGAAGGAAAAGCUGCUCUUUGCGAUCGAGGAGACGGAAGGCUUUGGUCAGGAGUGAUGAGACGUCUUUCCCCUUUACGGCGACGCGUCAGCCAAGUAAAACAAAACCAUGAAACUUGCACAGAUGAUUACCAAUGUAAAUAAGCUAUUUUGUCAUGUUAAACCAAAUCUUUAUCUUAAAACCUCAUUUAGAGAUAUUCAUAACAUGAUUCCCCGUGAAUAUGCAAGCGUUUGAGCUUUUCUGAUCUUUUCGAUGCUGAUAUCUAUAUACAACAACGCUUUGUUUUAUUCAUUUGGCGGGUUUUUAAAAUGAGCCUGAAGAAAAAAAAACAACAACAUUAGAGAGGAUUUUAUAGUAGAACUCAAAACUUACGGCUCUAGUUUUAUAGAGCUUUUACAGAAUGAUUGUAGAGUUUGAUCAGGUGCCUGGGGUUUUUCUUUAUUUUUUUUGUGUUGUUGGACAUUAAGUUGUGAUUAAGCGCUUGCAUGGCUGCCUGCAGAGUGAGAGAUGAUUUGACUCCUGUAGACCGACAGACAGACCGCUGUCUCACAUAUCAUUCAUCACGACUGGCUCGCGACAGUAUUGCUGUUGUCACUUUAGACUGUCAAUCAGUAUUUGUCCCUCCAGAGUCUCUGCACACGCUCAGAACGGCGGCAGCAGCUGAAGUCUGUUGUGCUCAAAGCACUUCAUUAUUUCUGUGGCCUUUGACCGUCAGGGGAGGAAAACUGUGUCCAUGAAUAUCUUUCAUAUUAAAAUAUAUGAGUUCAAACAAA